AUGUUCAAUCCCACCGCCCAAGAGCCACCGCAUAAGAAAAGGGAAGAAGAGGAAGCUCUGUUAUCUUCGAUUCCAGAUGCGGUGGCUCUGAGCAUUUUUGCCCGAGUCUCAAGAUUGGACCAUGCAGCCUUAUCUUUGGUCUCCCCUCGUUAUAGGUCUCUCGUGGUUUCGCCUGACUUGUACACGACGCGAUCGCUGAUGGGUUGCACUGAGAUGUCCCUAUAUGUAUGCUUAAGCUCCCCUCCUCCUGGACCAGUAACCACACGCUGGUUGAUCUGCCGCCUUGGAAAACCCCGAGACGCCAAGAAUAUGACUACUAACCGGCUGUGUCUCCUUCCCUCGUCCCCCUCUCAACCUUCGGAAUCUUCAGUCGUGGUACUCGAAUGGGGUAUCUAUGUAAUCGGUGGGAAAAUAAACGGUAAGAACACGUCAAGCGUGUUGGUUUUGGAUUGUAGGACUCACAAGUGGCAUCAGGUCUCCUCUAUGGGAGUGGCUCGCGCUUCUGCAGCGGCUGGUGUUGUAGACGGUAAAAUAUACGUGUCUGGAGGAUGCAAGGACAUGGACUCGUGGGACCCGAAGACGCAAAGUUGGAAUAUUCUACCAAGUCCAGGUUGGAAUCAAAGCCAUGAUUUGAUCCGUGGCAGUGUGGUGGUGGAUGAUAACCUUUACGCGGUGAAUAAGGGGGGUAAUAGCGUCUAUUACUCGCCGAAUGAAGGUGAAUUGUUGUACUGUUGUGAUACAAUGGGAUAUUUGUUUUGGUGUGAGGCUGAGAAGUUGAAAUGUCAUGAGUCGGAGGGCAUGGUUUGGACAAAAGUGAAGGGUUUGAAAACACUGCGGAGGAAUGUCUCCGGUUAUGAUUCGCGUUCUAGAACGGUACCUUUUGAUGGAGAGAUUGAGGAGUUGCCCACUUCGUAUACGUUCGAGGCCGGUGUUAGCAAGUUGAGCAACUUUGGUGGAAACAUUGUGGUGUUCUGGGAUAUUGUUGUGGUUGGUCUUAAUGAGGGUUUGGAGAUUUGGUGCGCGGAAAUUUCUUUGGAGAGACGUGAACCGGGCGAGAUUUGGGGGAAGAUUGAGUGGUCGGAAGCCGUCAUGACAACUGAUCCUCUCUUAUAUAGCCCUGAGGUUUUACAUUCAGUUUCCGUUAAUAUUUGA